CAGUCAUAGCAGCUCUUCGACAGGCUGACACACACCAUAGUGCUAGAGGAGCGUUGCUGGAAUGUUCCAAGACAGUAUAUAAAAGCCUCUGGUCUUGUUCAUUGGGACAGAAGCACAGAAGAACUCAACCAGCUCAAAACAGCACCGAAAAUGCUUUGCCCAAGCACAUUUCAGCCUCACCUCAGCCCAUUCACGGACUUCCACUGGCCAGUGCGCAGUCUGUGGCCAGAGACCAGACCUCUGUUCUUUCAGAUCGAGAAAGAAAUGAUGAAACACAUGCAGGAGAUGAGACACAACCUGGAGUUCAUGGAACGCCUGCACCAAAGGAUUUUCGAUGAGAUUGACCAUGUUUCACCCAUGACGACUUUCAAACCCAUCUCAUUCCAGCUCGGAAAGGAAGGAAGCCUCUAUGCACUGACGCUAGAUACAAAGGAUUUCACUCCGGAGGAGCUGUCUGUUAAACAAGUGGGCAGGAAGCUGCGGGUGAGCGGCAAGACAGAGAAGAAGCAAGACGAUGGGAAAGGAUCGUUCUCGUACAGAUGCCAAGAAUUCAGGCAGGAGUUUGACCUUCCUGAAGGUGUGAAUCCUGAGAUGGUGACCUGCUCUUUAAAUAAUGGCCAGCUACAGAUACAAGCACCCAAAGAAGCCAAUGCUGUGAGCAACGAGAGAGUAAUUCCCAUUACAUACACUCCUGCUGUGAGAAGUCCUGAUUCUCAGAGCCCUCAACCAGAGAGCCAAGGAACUGAGGCAGAGGCUACGGAUAAGUGAGCUUCGCCUCUGUCCCAAAACGGAACAAAUGACUCUAUGACAUUCA